CCAGGGUCGUCCGCAUCAGGGUCCGCCAGUAGCCCUCCGCAACCAACGUUCGCAACCCCUAAUAUUCGUUCAAGUGCUUAGCAACCAGGAUAUAUUAGGGCUACACUCCAGGACAAUGAUUUCGUCAUUAGUGGCCAGCCCUAAGGCCAGGGCCUCCAGCCCAGCCAGUCUGUGGAUCUGCAUCAUCAAAAUAUCUGCGAAAGCGAUACACUCGCUGUGUGCCAGUAGUUCCUGUCAAUCCCGCAUACAUAUCAGAAGUGUGUUCCUAGUUAGGGUAAACUUGCCCACAGAUGGAGGCAUGUCUGUUCUAGUUCUUGGACACUGCGUAGACGUGGGUGCGUGUAGCCGGGAUACUCGCUCAGCUCCAGUCACGCCUCUGUGCGUGUUUCGCCGUCUUUACCCAAGGAGAGCCAGUAUUCAAUUUCCUCCAGUCGGGACCACUUCUUCGCCAAAAAGUCCAACUUGGCCCGCGUUAUGGUCUGCUAGCAUUCGUGCACAAUCAACUUGGCAAUCGCAGGCCUCUCAGUCGCUCUGCAGCCUCACCGCUAGGUCCAGGACCCAACGCAAUAUCCUUGUCGCUGCCCAUGGGUCGGAUGAGCAGAGUCUCUAGCCCUGAGCAGAAAUUCGUAACAGACGAAAUGGCUCCAGACAAAAGACUCGAGCACAGGGCCUCAACUUGCUGCUGAGCCGGAUACAUGUCAAGAUGACGCUUUUAGAAAGGUAGGGCUGACGAGGAAGAUAACC